GGGUAAAAAAAAAAAUUAAACUUUGAAGACUUGUCAUGGAAGACCUGGAAGGACAUACCUUCAGUUCGGUGGAAGAGGAAACCAGAUACUGGAAAGAGCUGGCGAUGAAGUACAAGCAGUGUGCUGAGAAUACGCAAGAGGAAUUGCGUGAAUUCCAGGAAGGGAGUCGAGAAUAUGAAGCUGAACUGGAGACUCAGCUGCAGCAAACAGAGUCCAGAAACAGAGACCUCCUGUCAGAAAAUAAUCGUCUGCGAAUGGAACUGGAGUCAGUUAAGGAAAAGCUAGAAAUACAGCAUUCAGAAGGAUACAGGCAAAUCUCUGCGCUGGAAGAUGACUUGGCACAGACAAAAGCUAUUAAAGAUCAACUUCAGAAAUACAUUCGAGAACUUGAGCAAGCAAAUGAUGACUUGGAAAGAGCAAAAAGAGCCACUAUCAUGUCUCUGGAAGAUUUUGAGCAGCGUUUAAACCAGGCUAUUGAAAGAAACGCUUUUCUGGAGAGUGAACUGGAUGAGAAGGAAAACCUUCUAGAGUCUGUGCAGCGCCUGAAAGAUGAAGCUAGAGAUCUACGACAAGAGCUUGCAGUGCAGCAGAAACAGGAGAAACCCAAAACACCAAUGCGAACUACCCUGGAGACCGAAAGAACAGACACUGCAGUCCAAGCAUCCUUAUCUGUGCCUUCAACUCCCUCUGUGCACAGGGCACCCAACAUCCAUAUACCCACCCCUGCAACUUUUAGGAGAGGUCUUGAGGACAGUUAUGGUGCAACACCUCUCACACCUGCUGCAAGAAUAUCUGCACUUAACAUUGUGGGAGACUUGCUGCGAAAAGUAGGGGCUUUGGAGUCCAAACUUGCAUCUUGCCGAAACUUUGUGUAUGACCAGUCUCCAAACAGACCCACGGUGUCCAUGUACAUGAACAGAGAUGUCCUUGAAACACGCCUGAGUCCUCAUCAACCUUUGUGUGAUACAGGGUUAGCAAAACGUCUGGAGUUUGGAACAUGCCCUUCAAAUAUUCCAGGAGCAAUGAGCCACCCCUCACAAAGUGUUGUCAAGAUGCUACUAUGA